AUGGAAAAUAACGUUGCGUGUGGAGUUGGUAUGGGGGAAGAUCAAAUGGAUUUGCCACCAGGGUUUCGCUUCCACCCAACUGAUGAAGAGCUCAUCUCACACUAUCUCUACAACAAGGUUCUAGACAUCAACUUCUCUUGCAGAGCAAUCGGCGAUGUCGAUUUGAACAAGUCCGAGCCCUGGGAAUUACCUUGGAAAGCAAAAAUGGGAGAGAAAGAGUGGUAUUUCUUCUGCGUGAGGGACAGGAAGUACCCAACAGGGCUAAGAACCAACAGAGCAACCGAAGCUGGGUACUGGAAGGCAACUGGUAAAGACAGGGAGAUUUACAGAGAUAAAUCCCUCGUCGGGAUGAAGAAAACCCUCGUCUUCUACAAAGGCAGGGCACCCAAAGGAGAAAAAACCAGUUGGGUUAUGCACGAGUACCGAUUGGACGGGAAAUUCUCUAUCCACAACCUCCCCAAAUCGGCCAAGAACGAGUGGGUGAUUUGCAGGGUGUUCCAGAAGGCCUGCGGCGGGAAGAAAACUCACAUCUCCGGAAUAGUUCGAUUCGCCGAACUGGGUCCUUCCUCUCUGUUACCGCCGUUGAUGGAAUCGCCAUCAGCUUACAGCAGUGAUCAGAAAACCGAGCCAGCCGGGGCCGAAUCUUUUUCGGCUUACGUGCCCUGCUUCUCCAAUCCCAAAACCAAUAACAACGACAGACCAGUUGUUACCAACAAUGAGAUUCCAUCGAAUCCGAUUCCUUCUUCCCCGUUUCCACUCUACUCAGCUCAUUACAAUCCCCACUUCUCCCCUUCCAGUUUUCAGUUCUCUUCCACCCUGAUGCAGCAGGACGACAACUCGAUUCUUCGAGCUCUGUUGGAGAAACAGGGAGGAUCAUUUAAUCUGAAGCAGGAUUCCAGAGCUGCUGACAAUGGGGAUAUGAUCAGCGUUUCUCAAGAGAUGACGGCGGGGAUGAGCUCUGAAAUUUCUUCUGCCAUGUCGCAGGGAGCUUCUCUCGACUGUUUUUGGAACUAUUGA